CAAGAAUGGAAAUCCAAACACAAAACAAAACACGAUGGCGGACGACGGUGAUUUUGAUGGUGAUGAGUUUGAUGAUGGCCCAGAUGAUAUUGAUGAUGAUGCCUUGGAUGAGCCGGAAGUUGCACAGGGUGCUGGCGAACAAAUGGAGAUUCUGCCAAAUGAUGCUGCCAGGCAGGUGGAGCCACAGAAGCGGAUCACAUCACGAUUCAUGACGAAGUACGAGAGAGCCAGGGUACUAGGAACAAGAGCUUUACAAAUUGCAAUGUGUGCUCCUGUAAUGGUGGAACUGGAAGGAGAGACUGACCCAUUGAAGAUAGCCAUGAAGGAACUCAAAGCCCGAAAAGUACCUUUCAUCAUUCGCCGCUACCUGCCUGAUGGUAGUUACGAAGACUGGUCUUUGGAAGAACUUAUUAUGACAGAGUGACACCCAAGAAGAAUGAAUAAAUAUUUUAAAAUCAAGAACUGGAUUUUGUGUAAGAAGCUAUUUGGUCAAGUGUCCCACAGAACAAUGUGUUGAAAACAGUGCUUUCCAUGUCCUGAUGGAUCGGUGAUUUCUUUAAAAAGAAAAUGCUAGUUAUUCCAAUUUUUCUGUGGCAAGGAAAAAGGUAUAGGACAGAUGUGUGACAUAUCUUUGAAGGAUUAAAUAAUUUGGUACAACAGUUUGUUUUGAGAACAAAUUUUAAUUUUUUAUUUUAUUACUAGAUAGUUACAUCGAUUCUGAUAAGGUAUGACAUGUCUAAUACAUGUCAAUUCUUUAACAGAGUGAUGAAGACUGAUGUCACUUGUUCAGAUCUUCUCAAGGGCUACCUUUCUGGGUAUACUUUUCAUCAGCCUUGUUUCUUGUCUGCUCUGUCAAUGAGGCAUUUACAAGAAGAAAUUGUUUGCACAUGCAUGUACUGGUAUUGUGCUUCAAAUGCAGACCUGUAACAAUAUUUCAUUUUGUUCAUCAAUCAUGUUUCAUGUGAAUUGUAAUUAAAAACAUUUUUUAACUGUA